GAGACCGAUGCCGUUAAGACCUAGAGGGCCUGGAAACGGUGAGGAGUAAGGAUGAAGGUAUCUCUGGCUUUGGGCGCGGGAGAGGGUGGGGGAAAGAACUACCGGGGGAUUCCCGAGUGCUGGCUCUGAAAUUGGGGCAGCUUUCGCUUUGCCUUCCUGGCAACAGCAGCUGUGCAUGGUAGGGUUUGUCCGUCGCGUCAAAGGCGGGGACAGCUGAGCCCCUAUACGAAUCCUUGAGAGCCUGGGAGUGGGCGUUUCACUUUUCCUGCGACUGGGGAGUCCCUCAGCCUCUGCCCUUUGAACUUUGACAUGUGUGCAGCUUCUGCUUCUCCAGAUAUGGAAAACAUGGAUAAAAGAGACCGACCAUUCAUGACAGUUCAGAAAAAUGAUACCUCAGAUAAUCUGGUAUUUCGUAUGAAGAACGAAAUGAGAAGCACCAAGUAUAAACCAGUAGACUAUCAACAAUUGCAUGCAUUAACCAAAGCAAAAAAAUUAGCUUCUGCCUCUACAGAGCUAAAGAUCAGAAAAGCAGUGCAGACUUCAAAGAUAUCUAAAGAGCAAACACUAAUAAAGCAACACAAGCAAGUGUGGUGGCAAGAACACCAAAGGCUAAAUGAAGUCAGAUGUAAAAUGGAAUCUGAAAUAAAAUCCUUACUCAAUGAAGAGAACAUUGGAAGUGAAUGUCUUUCUGACCUUAUGAAUUUCGAACAAGAGUUAUCGGAACAAUGGUGCAUAUAUCUUAAAAAUGUAAUAAAUCCUCUUCAGCAAUUGAGAGCAGAUCUAAAAUACAGACAGCAUCACAUUUCACAGCAUUCACACUCGCACAGUGAAUCCAACUCUGUGAAAGUACUGGAAGAGGUUGACUUCGUGAAGAAACAAUUGAAAGCCGUCUAUGAAAGACUUAGGCUAGAGCAACAGAAAAUAGAAAAUUAUCUUUCAGACUGGAGUUUGAAAACACUUGAUCAUUCUUCAGAAGAAAGAAGUAAACUGCUUAGUGAAAUGCCCGUGGAAUUAGAAACUUUGGAAUGUCCAUACCCUGACUUGAAGUUUUCAAUCCUUAAUGAAUUCUGUAACUUUACAGAGAAAUAUCAAAAGAAACUUCAAGAUUUUGAUAUGCAGUUAGAAGAUAUAUACAGAAACUUCCAAUUAAGUGAUGAAGACCACUGGUUUUACCAGGCUCUUGUGGAUCAGUAUCCUGGGGAUCUCAGUGGCAGAAGGACUCUGUAUCUGGACGUGUUACAGAGACAUUUUCCUCACAAAUCGAGGCAUGAUUUGGUCGAACAUGAAAAAUAUUGUGACCAAUAUCGCUUUGCUAAGGAGCAGCGAAAGAUCCUGAUAUCAAGUUGGAGUAAGAAUAGGAGAGACUUUAUACAGAAGGCUGUGCUGACAGUGGCCGAGGCCUGUGCAACUCAUGAAAUGGAAAACAUGUUGGUUAAGGAUAGGAAAAAGCAACAGGAAGUGUGUGCUGAUCUGAAAGCCAAGGUUCGUCAGUGGCGAGCCCACCAGGAAGAGGUAGCAAGACUGGAAAUGGAAAUUUCUGCCAGAAGGAGAGAAAAGGAAGAGGAGAAAGAGAAACAGUGGAAGAAGAAGGAAUUGUUACAAAGAGAAGAGAAGAAAAAAAAAAUAAGAAAAUACUGGGCUAAAAGAGAGCAGAAAUGGCAAGAAAUGGAAAUGAGAGAUCUUCAGCGUCUGGAAGAACUGAAGAAAUUAAUGGCUGAACAGUCAGUAAAAGACAGAGAAAGGGUUAAAUAUAGACGAGAAUUAUUGGAAAAGCGUUUGUUGGAGAAAAAAGAAGUGACCCUUCAAGAAGCACUUGAAGAAGCAGAGAGAGAGAAGCGAAUAGAAGCCCUGAGGAAACAGGUUGCUAUUGUCGCUCAAUUUGAUCCUGUUAGAAUGAUGUCAGACACAAUGGCAUCAAAAGCGAGGAUGGGUAUUGGAAUCGAAGAAGAAUUUAUUCUUCAAAAGCCACUCUUCACAUUGAAUACAUACAAUGAACAGCAGAUAAUUUCUGACCCUAGACUUCGUUUUGAGUUAGCACUUCGAGAAGCUGGACUUCAUAAAACAUUUUAUGCCAAGGAGAUAUUACCAAAAAUCGGUCCUCAAAAACCUCCAAGAAAAGAUACAGAGUCUACUGUAUUCAAAAUCUAGAGUUCAUCCUCAAAUCAUAUUAUACAUAAAUAAGAUUUUUCUUUGAAUACAUUUAUAUGGAUAACAAUACUACUUUCUAAAAUUUUUUCAAAUAUCAGACAUAGAAAUCAUAGCAUCUGUUAAAAACAACUUUUUCUUU